CUGGACUCCCCCACAUCUAUAUUCUUCCAAGUAUACAUAUAGGUACCUACAGCGAAGUGUCUAUACCCCAGUCUCCCGUCUUUCUACAAAAAUUUCAAUCAUCCAUGGCCUCCACCUCCACAACCGAAACAAGUCUGGCCACUGUAAAGACAGUCUUAACCGCGGCAGCCUCUUUCGCCGCCACCGCCGUUCUGGUCCGUUCAAUAGCCCGAGAUUUACUCCCGGAAGAAUUCCAGUGCUAUUUCACCUUCGGCCUCCGCCGGUUCUUCACCUGUUUCUCCUCUCAAAUGACAAUGGUGAUCGACGAGUUCGACGGCCUAGUCAACAACCACAUCUACGAAUCUGCGGAGAUUUAUCUCGGCGGCAAGAUCUCCCCCUCUACUCGCCGGCUCAAAGUGAUCAAACCCGAGAAAGAGAACAACCUGGUGUUGGCCAUUGACCGCGAAGAAGAAGUAACAGACGUCUUCAAUGGCAUCAAACUCAAAUGGGCUCUGGUCUGUCAUCAAGUCCAGAGUAGUAGAAAUUUCGACAACCCUCGCGACAUCAAUUCCACGCUCCGAUCAGAGGUCAGAUCUUUCGAACUCUGUUUCCAUAAAAAAUACAGAGACAUGGUGAUUACCCAAUACUUACCCUUCGUAAUCAAACAAGCGAAAGCAAUCAAACAAGAACUGAAGACGCUUAAAAUCUUCACCCUUGACGAACAAAACAUGUACGGAAACCUAGCCGACGCGUGGGUUCCAGUCAAUCUCGAUCACCCUGCAACUUUCGAUACUUUGGCUAUGGAUCCAGAACUGAAGAACACGAUACUGGAGGACCUCGAGCGGUUUGUGAGGAGGAAGGAAUAUUAUAAGAAGGUGGGUAAAGCUUGGAAAAGAGGGUAUCUGCUGUACGGACCACCGGGAACGGGGAAAUCGAGUUUGAUCGCUGCAAUGGCGAAUUACCUGAAUUUUGAUAUCUAUGACUUGGAAUUGACGGAGCUCCGGUGCAACUCUGAGCUCCGACGACUGCUGGUUGCAACCGCUAAUCGGUCGAUUCUGGUUGUGGAGGACAUUGACUGUACGAUCGAGCUACAGGAUAGAUUGGCGGAGGCUAGAAACGCAGACCCACAUCGGUAUCCUGAGAAACAGGUAACGCUAUCGGGUUUGCUCAAUUUCAUUGACGGGCUAUGGUCAAGUUGUGGAGACGAGAGGAUUAUUAUUUUCACAACUAAUCAUAAAGACAAACUAGAUCCGGCAUUGUUACGACCAGGACGCAUGGACCUACACAUUCACAUGUCCUAUUGCAAUCCUUGCGGAUUUAGAACUCUUGCUUCUAAUUACUUGGGGGUUAAAGAUCAUCCUCUUUUUCACGAAAUUGAGGAGGCAUCCUUCGAU